CUCAUUUCGAAACCGAAACUACAACAGUUAACACGUGGGCAUUUUCGGAUAACGGGAUCAUGUAUAAGCAGGUUAAAUAUUUUUCAGUUAGCGGCGUGUAAGUGUGUGUAAAUACUUCAAGUUCAGAGGAAGAAUUCUAAAUUAUGCCAUUAAAGAAGAAUUCGCCUGUCACCAAAGCCCAAAGAACAGAGGUUACCCCUAAGUCAGCAAAAGGUAGAGAACAAGCGCCAGGACAACGAGCGAAAACUCCUCAGGCAGACAAGGAAUCCACAGAUAAAUCAAAAGCUGCACAGUACACACCCCAUCCUAAAACUCUGAAGACAGAAACUGCAAAUGACACUGUACAUACGAAAGGGGCGGUACAAUAUACACCUCAUCCUAAGACUCUGAAGACAGAAACUGCAAAUGACCCUGUGCAUAAGAAAGGGGCUGUACAAUAUACACCUUAUCCUAAAACUCCGAAGACAGAAACUGCAAAUGACUCAGUACAUAAAAAAGGGGCUGUACAAUAUACACCCCAUCCUGAUAUGAUGAAGUCAAAACCUGCCAAUUACGCCAUACGUAAGACAUUGGGUGCCGCAGAAGAUAAACCUUAUCCUAAAACUUCGAAGGCAGAAACUGCCAAUGACUCUGUACGUAAGACAUCUGGUGCUGCACAAUUUACACCGCAUCCCAAUACAGUGGGGUCGAAGACAAAUAAGGAAGACCAGUCUACUCGCAGUAAUGAAUGUGGAUCAUACUUUGAUGGUUGCGGUACAGGUGCCGCCAAUUAUUCGCCAGACACAGCUCGGUACAAAGCAGUUGAUUCAGAAGAAGUAUUCAGAUUACGUUCUUUGGAGUCCAGUAUAAAAACAUUACAGAUAGAAAGCAAGCGUUCUCAAACAAAUGUUGACAACGAAAGUUUUAGACGUGACGGAAAGCCGUAUGUAACUCUAGAUGAGACAGAAACUGGUGACCAACAAGAUAACCAAACCGAUUCAAAUCUCAGAGUAUACAAAGAUAAUCCAUUAAACAGGAAGCUUGAUCGUGUUGGGAAAGUAAUGGGUAGCGUUGUAUAUUCCAGAAAGAAGAAAUCGAUUAGCCAACAAACAUACAAAGAUAGCACAUUGAAUCGGAGAAUAGGACGCGUUAACAAAUCACGUGGUUCUAUGCCAGUAAAGAAAAGUUCAAUCACCAGACAAAUUCCUGAAAUUCUCAAAAAGAUCAUAUAUGACGAGUUAGAGGCGUUUACGAUCGAUUACGAGAUUACGAUGACACGGAGCGACAAGUGCCAAUGUGCACCGAGUCUCCUUAACUCUGAUGAGACCAUGGUUGAGGCAUUUGGUCAGGCAAUUUGUCAGUAUAACCGUGGGGUGUUGGAGUUGUCAUGGCAACGUCAAUCUGAAAUGCCGGACCGCAGACCAAAAACAUUGCAAGCAGUACUGGAAGAUUACGUUGGGAAGAACAUACCAUUCUCAGACCUGACGUUACACAAGAAAAUCGGUCACGGUGGUUUCGGCGACGUUUAUUUUGGCCACUGCUUUAAUUCGGUAGUUGCCAUAAAGAAAUUGAAGGAAACGAAACUUUCUCCAAAAGAAAUAAAUAACUUUGCAAUGGAAAUCAUGAAUUUCUGCUCACUUGAACAUCCUAAUAUUGUCAAAUUUAUAGGGGCUUGUACCGAGGUACCUAACAUUUGCAUUGUUAUGGAAUACAUGCAGAUGAGUUUGUAUGAAGCCAUUCAUGUCCGUAACGAUGUCGACUUCACCGACACUGAGCGAACCUCCAUUGUCAAACAGACUUGCAAUGGUGUAAAAUAUCUGCACGCCUCUAGAAUCGCUCAUUGCGACUUGAAGAGUCUGAACAUACUUCUAAACUAUGAAGAAGGUGAACUGUAUGAGGUUAAAAUCACAGAUUUUGGUCUAAGUAUGGUUAAACCUUGUACAUUCGAUCCAUCUGGUUGCUCCGUAGAAGGUAGUACGCAAUGCCGGAACCCCACGUUACUCCGCACCGGAAGUACUUCGUGGUGAGAUGCUUACUGCCAAAGAGAUGAUGAAAGCAGACGUCUAUUCUUUGUCCCUGGUUAUCUUAGAGGUAUUAUUUGAACAAGAACCAUUUCCAACCUACGAUCGCCAGAAACUUCGAGAGCAGAUAGGUCAACAAGGAGAAGAACCCGAAAUUCCGGAUGGUCCUGAGAUUGACAGGAAAGUAAAAAGUGUUAUUCAACGGGCUUAUAGUUUUACGCCCCAAGCUCGUCCGGAUAUCGCUGAGUUAUGCGAUGUGUUUCGACAAAUAGAGAAUAUCUAUGCUCAGCCUGAAGAAAAUGCUUUAAAUAUAUUUUCAUAAAAAUAUGUCAGAAUUAAUAGUUUUGAUCACAUGGCUGACAGAUGAUUUUUGUUGGUGUAUCAGAUCAAAGGCCAAAUGUAAUUCAGCUGUUACCUUCAAUUCAUGUUGAGACUUUGUCAGCUGAUUGCAGAGAAUAGGUUUUAAAAUGGUAUUCUAAGAAGAAUGAUAACACUACUUGAAGAAAGACAACUGUCUCUGUAAAGCAAUUAAUUUCCUUUGGUGUUUGAUAUAUACUUGCAUUGUAUGUAUUUAUAUAUAUAUACAAGCAGUCGAAACGUAUUUUAAGUGUUUACGUACUUCUCUAUACACUAUCCAUAACCUUUUUGCUUAUAUAUGAAGAAUAUUUGUUAACAGCCUUUACCUGUUUACAAGCAACACUCUCUCCCAGGUAUUAAAUUAUUACUAGUAAUACGUUUCAACGUUUGAAAAUUGUUAACACUGUCCGUACAAGAAGAGAUCAUAUUUGAGAAGUACGACACAGCAUUAUGGUGUUUUUAUUCUUAGCAGUAUGUUAAUAAACAAUCAGUAAUGUACCGAAAGGUAGAUCGAUUGCUGGCUUGUUAGCGCAGAGUAAGAGUGAAUGGCAAUGUGAUCAUUUUGUAGUGACACUUUUUACGGUUCGAAUCUUGCAUCCGUCUUAAAGUUAUUUAUCUUGAGUUACAUUUUUGUUUUGUUUUCCGGUUUCUAAUUCAUUCUUUGUCCUUAUUUUCGACAAUAUUUUCAAAUUGAUUAAUAAUAAAAUUUUCCCCGUGCACUGCUAUUUGAAAUAAAGUAUAAGAUUGUCAUAAUAGUUAAAGAACUAACCCGUUGCGCUUUGAAAUAUCCAGGAAUAAUGUAUCUAUUUAUGUCCCUGAAAUAUCAUACGAGAGCUUCAAAACAUUAAUCAUACUAGUUAAAGUUAAGUGUUUUAAACAUAAUGUGUGUUAAUAAUGACGUGUUUCAGUUAGUGAUAAAGUUGGAACUAAAACUAA